AUGUCACAGCUCUCCAUGUCACAGCUCUCCAUGUCACAGCUCUCCAUGUCACAGCUCUCCGUGUCACAGCUCUCCAUGUCACAGCUCUCCAUGUCACAGCUCUCCAUGUCACAGCUCUCCAUGUCACAGCUCUCCGUGUCACAGCUCUCCAUGUCACAGCUCUCCAUGUCACAGCUCUCCGUGUCACAGCUCUCCGUGUCACAGCUCCCCAUGUCACAGCUCUCCAUGUCACAGCUCCCCAUAUCAGAGCUCUCCAUGUCACAGCUCCCCAUGUCAGAGCUCCCCAUGUCACAGCUCCCCAUAUCAGAGCUCUCCGUGUCACAGCUCUCCAUGUCAGAGCUCCCCAU